AUGGCGUCGCGGAACCGCGUCGGGCUCUGGCGGCGGCCUACCGGUCCUGCUUCAACCGACGUCCUGUACCCCGCCUCCGCUCCCGCCUCUUCUUCCUCCUCUUCGGCCGGCGGGGGCGCGUGGAACUUUUCGCCUUCUGCGCAGUCUCUGAGUCCGUGGCAAGCCGGCCCGGGCGACCUCGACGGCGGGCUAGGCCCGAGGCCUCUGGAGCAGUUUGGCGGCGCCGCGCAGGAGAGCGGGGCGCUCGGCGACGGCGUGUCGGGUGUCUAUACACCCCACGGCCGGCGUGCGGAGGAGUGCCUCUUUCCCGACUUCGUGCCCCGAACGGAGUUCAACCUCGACCGAUCUCUCGCGUGGUUUCCGCCGCACAUGAACAAGGCGACGGUCACGAUUGAAAAGCGUCUCAAGCACGUGGAUUGCGUCCUCGAGGUCCGCGACGCGCGUGCGCCGCUGACCAGCGGGAACGCCUUCCUGACCGACAGACUCGCGCGAACCGGAGUGAAGCGGCUAGUGAUUCUCAACAAGGCUGACCUCGUCUCGAAGCGCGACGGCUUGCGCGCCCAGGCGAUUCUUGAAAACGCAGGCCUGCCGUGUCUCCUGACCUGCGCGCCUGAGCUGAAGCGCGUGUCGAAAAUCGUCGAUUUCGCGCUCGAGAACGUGCGGCCCAAGUUCAAAACGAUCGGCGUCUGGGCGCUUCUCAUGGGCUUGCCCAACACUGGCAAGUCUUCGCUCUUGAACGCCAUGAAGCGGCUAGCUCUAAACGCUUCGCGCUACGGCAGCCCCAGCAGCAAGCUCGUCGAGGGCGUCAAGCGAACGCGCGCGAAACAAGGGAAACUACCUGGCCUCACGCGAGAAGUCUCCGCCUUCCAAAUCUCCAACAAGCCGCGGCUCUACUGUUACGACACCCCCGGGAUCAUGCUACCCAAAAUGAAGGACGCCGAAGUGAAUCUGAAGCUGGCGGCUUUGGGCUGCAUUGAAGAUCAUAAGGCAGGGGAGAUGUACGUUGCCGAUUAUAUUCUGUACCACCUCAACCGCAUGCGCUGCUUUUCCUACGUCGAUGUGCUUGGCCUUUCGAGCCCUAGCAAUGACAUUCAGGAGGUCGCUGCUCACAUUUUCGACGUGGCGUACGCCCUCAAGACGAACCGCAGGCGCGUGCCCCCGGCUCCGGACCUCCUCAGCGGCUGCCGCUUCUUCACCGAGAUGUUCCGGGGCGGCAAAUUUGGAUUUUUCUGUCUCGACCAUCUCCCGGCGCCCCAGGGGCUUGACGGCGAGCCGCGCUCACGGAGCGAGCCACCGGGGCCGUGGGGUCCGUGCAGUGCGGGCGCUCCGGUGCCAGGUCUGCUUUAA